ACCCAACAGGGAUGAUGAGCUCGAAGAAGCGCGCGGUUAUUCGCAUCCUCGUGAGUGUCUUCAUCGUUGCCAGGACGACUGAGGGGGCUGACCCGGGCCACGUGACAGAUAGCGGGCUGUCCGCGCCGCCGCCGCUGCUGCUGCUGUUGUAGCGGUGGUGUGUGUGUGUGAGUGCGGUUGUGUGUCCGCAUGUGUGUCUGCCUCUCACACAGUUUGGCUCGAGCAGACAGCAGUGCCUGACGUCCGGAGAGAGGAAAACACAGACAGGUAGCGCCAGUUCGGGCAUGAAAGAUGGAGCUCUCGGCGGUGGGAGAUCGUGUUUUCGCCGCGGAAGCCAUACUGAAACGCCGCGUUCGCAAGGGACGGCUUGAAUACCUGGUGAAAUGGAAAGGAUGGGCAAUGAAGCACAGCACUUGGGAGCCAGAGGAGAAUAUUCUGGACGACAGGCUGAUACUUGGCUUUGAGCAAAAAGAACGGGACAGAGAAUUGCAUGGGCCGAAGAAACGGGGACCAAAACCCAAAAACUUUGUCAUGAAGGCUCGCACUCAGAAAGGAAGGCCCAGCAACAGAGCCUUAAACGCCCGCCAGACUGCAUCGGCCUCCUCCUCGUCCACUUCCAGCCGAGCGACUCCUUCCUCAUCCGCCUCACCUCAUCAAAUAGCUUCUUCGUCCUCCUCCUCUUCUUCCUCAACUGCGGCACCCACCCCUAAACUCAAUUCCCUUGCAGCCACCCACAAGCUGAAGAAAGACAUUCACCGUUGCCACCGGAUGUCCAGGCGCCCUCUGCCCCGCACAGACCCCUUGGCAAAUACCUUCUCCACCCCUGGGGGCUUCCCCUCCAGGGUGCACGUGUCCCCCUUCUCUGAGACCGUCCGCAUCCUCAACCGCAGGGUCAAACCCCGGGAGGUCAAGAGAGGCCGGAUCAUCCUCAACCUGAAGGUCAUUGAUAAGCCAGGCCGGGGUGGCACAGCUGCAGGCAGCAGGAAUGUUACACCAGGGCGCCAAAACAUCCCUUCCCGUAAUCGCAUCAUCGGGAAGAAGGGAGAGGCACCUUAUAGACCUUUCCAGCCCCCUCUGAAGAUGCUGGGGUUUCCGAUGUACGGGAAGCCGUUUGGGCUGCAAUGUGGAGGUCCCCUGCCCUUUCACUCCCACCCAGAGUCAUGCUCCAGCACAGGGGCCAGGGACCCCCACUCCUCUUCCUCCCAGUACCAGUCACCUCCUUCUCCUUCCAGCUCUAGCGGCUCCGAAGGAAAAUCUUCCACCAACGCCUCAGCUGCUCAGUCGCAGCCCUCCACAGGAGCCUCACCUUCUAGCGGGGCUCCGAAGUCCACUAAACCUCAUACAGAGACACAGAAGAGCCAGAGCGCUAAGUCACCUGCUCCUGCCCAAUCCUCAGAUGCAGACCCCGAGGCGUCAGCAUCUCCCUUCCUCCCCUCCUCACCCUCCUCUUCCCUAGAAGACGAGGGGGAGGAAGGCUCCCUGGACCGUUCUGUGGCCCCAGACGAAGGCAGGAAAAAUCCUCGCCAACGCCGGGUGAAACGCCAGCUGCCUGCCACCCCUUCGGCUGUCACCCCUGGGGAUCAGAGCGCUGCCCCCACCGAAGCCAAAAGGGUGCCUGCAGAGGGAGACCCUGACUGGCACCCUGAAAUGGCACCGAGCUGCAAAGAUGUGGUGGUCACUGACGUCACCACCAACCUUGUCACUGUCACCAUAAAAGAGUUCCCCUCCCCUGCCUCCUGCCCUGCCUCGCCCUCCGCCAGCCCCGAAGACGCCUCCUCCCCUCCCCCCAGCACCACCUCUGACCCCUCUCCAGCCAAUAACAUGAAGUUCGUGGUGGUGCUUGUGGGAGCGGGCACCCUGGCCUUCCUCGGCGCGGUCAUCUGCAUCAUCGCCAGUGUUUACCCCCGGAAACGCGCCGCGCCUCUCGGCGACAACGGCACCCUGACAUCGGAGACGCUGCUGGAGGACCUGGAGCCCGGUUCGGUGGCUCACGCCGGGCCGCUGGGCGCCCUGCACGGCUCCGAGUCGUACGGCGGAGGAAACGGGCUCGGCGGCAUCGGCCUGGAGGUUCCCACUCUAAACGAGCUCAACCUCGGGGGGGAGACGGGAGGAGGGUCCGCGAAACAGUUCAGCUUCAGCCGGCUGAUCUGCACGCCCGUCCCGGUCGGGGAAUGCAAGACCAAAGACCUGCGGCAGCGGCGGGAGCAGCAGCACCAGCAGGCGGACGACCCGCUGUACGGAGCCGCGGAUGAAGACCUCCGGACCACCGCGGAGGAGCUCCGGCAGAUGGUCCUGCAGCAGAACGACCAGAUCCUCAUGGACCACAGGACCAUCCGGGAGCUGACCGGGAAGCUGAGCGAGUGCGAGAGCGGCCUGGAGGACGAGAGGAACGUCCCGGAGCGGAGCGUCGGCGUGUGGAGCGGCAACCGGCGGGUCAUGGCCGGGGACGACGUGAGCUCGUCCGCCGCGGCGCAGCUGCAGACGGCGCGGGCCGUGGAGGAGCUGGCCCGGGCCAUCAUGGACCUGAAGGACCGCAUCGAGAAACUCGAGGCAGAGAUCGGCCCCGCUGCCUUGAACCUCACCGACACACCUGCAGGUACAGGUAGCAGCGGUGGCAGCAGCAGCCCGACUGGCAACGCCGGCAAGGCUCCUGCUCCGCCCGCCGGCAGCGCUUCCUCCCCACCUGCAGCGGCUGCCCCAGGGGGUCGCCGCCCCGCCUCCCCUGCUUCCCCCGCACCCAAGUCCCCAUCUAAGGCCUCCCCUGGGCGAGGAAAGGGCACCUGGCGGGUGGAGGACCUGGAGGGCGAGCUGGAGAGGAAGAUAAAGAUGUUGGAGAAGGAGCGCCAGGCCAUGCGGAAGGAGACGCAGGGCCAACACGAGAAGAUAAACCAGGGCAUCGACACCGUCAGCCACCGAGUCACCGAGCUGGAACACACGCUGACGGAGCCGUCCUUCCCCGACGGCUUCGUUCUCUCCUUCCCCAUGCGAACCAACUACAUGUACGGCCUGGUGAGAAAAGAGAUAACGGAGAUGUACGCCUUCACCGCCUGUGUAUGGCUCAAGGCCAAAGAGGGAGGCAUCGGGACCCCCUUCUCCUACUCGGUCCCGGGGCAGCCCAACGAGCUGGUGCUGCUACAGGGAGUCCACAACCCCGUGGAGCUGCUCAUCAACGACAAGGUGGCGCAGCUGCCUCUGACCCUACCGCAGGACGAGUGGCAGCACAUCUGUGUCAGCUGGACCCUGAGGGACGGCGUGUGGAAAGCCUACCAGGGGGGCAAGAUGAAGGGGAGGGGAGAGGGGCUGGCUGCCUGGCAUCCCAUCAAACCAGGAGGUGUCCUCAUACUGGGGCAGGAGCAGGAUACAUUGGGCGGGCACUUCGAUGCCUCCCAGGCCCUGGUCGGGGAGCUCUCCCAGUUCAACCUGUGGGAUCGGGUGCUGAAGCCGGCAGAGGUGGCCGCCCUGGCCGAGUGCAGCUCCUCGGCGCUGGGAAACAUCGCCCCCUGGACCGACCACGACGUGGAUGUCUACGGCGGUGCCACCAAGGAGUCCCUGGAUCCGUGUCACGCCGCACAGCGAUCCAACCCUUCCAGCCCCAAACAGUGAAGGGUGACUGGGAGAGGUCAGCCAAAGGGUGGAUGUCUUUGAUUUAGGAGACGAUUUAGCAGAUGUUUAAUGAUGUAUCACGUUGGGGUUCACAGUAUAAUUGUUGGGGGAUGGGAAGCUUGCCGGUGGACUGAAAUAUGUAAUGGAGCUAUUAAGCCAUUAAGAGCGGUGUAUCUGUUUCGUUUUUAGUGCUGGUGUCCACGCUCAUGUGUUUACUUCUGCAGUGAGAUACAGCGAGUUUAGUCACAGAAUCACCUUAGUAAAAACUGCAUGGGUGGAUCUGCCCAUGGCCUGAACUGGACUCUUAUGGAAGCAUUCCAUAAUAGAUGUGUCAUUGGUUCUGGUUUAGGUAAGAAUCUGUUGGACCAGUUGAUCAUACAUGGGUUCGACGGGUUUGAAUACAGUUAUGGAAUGAACCUUAAAUGAUGCCAUAUCUUAGGGUUUUCUUAAUUUCACAACAAAGUGACACAAAGUGUUGUCCUUUCUCAUCUUGUGUCCGGUUUGGUUGUGCUUAAUGCUAAAACUGAAUUCUGAGAUGCUAUCACGGUUCUACUGGUUUCAGCGCUCGAUGGGGAACAAAAUGAGUUCUGUUCAGCUCAAACUGUAAAUUAUCCUGUUGAGCAACGUGCGUGUACUUUUAAGUUUUCUACAUACCAUGAUUUGGUAAAACAGUGGUCUUAUAAAUGUAUAUUGUGUAUUGUAUCUCUGCUAAUGUUGCUUUGUGCCAGUCUGCUCCCCCCUCUCCCCUGUUGUAGCCUCUCACGCCUCUUAAAAUCCGACAAACUUAAAUUGCGGUGCUCUCAGUCGACCUCCGGAAUAAAACGCUUGAUGUCUGUCGAAGCACCAUUCAGACACUGAAGCUGUGACAAACCUGAGUGAGUUUGGUGAACUUGUGUUGUAUCCUUGAAUGUAAACCAGAUGGAAUGUAGGUGUAUUUGCAUGAGCAAAGUCACAUUUCCUGUCACUAAAGAGAAAAAAAAACAAUGUCAAAAUGUGUAAAUUAUACAGUGUUGGUGUCCCCGAACUGCCCCACACUCUGAAGCUCACAGAUGUCUCUCUGGUAAUUAAGAUCCUCACAGAAGAACCUGACAGGGACGGAGAUGUAAGAAGUGGACUGAUCAUAUUGUACUGAUGUGAAUAAAUAGAUAAAACUUGGGAUGCAUUUACAUCACAGCAUCAA